AAAGCAGAGUGGCAACUCUGAUAGAGAGAGAGAUUUUUGAGAUCUGCAGCCAGUUUGUAGGCACCUGUGUGGAGUGUGAACCAUCUGCAUUAGAUUUACAGCCUGGGCCAAGAAGCACCACACACAGUGAGGCAGGUUGCAAGGACAAUGUCCUCUGAGCCCCAGGGCCAGUCUUUCCCAUCCGCAAGCAACAGAAGCUCACCAAUACCUUCUCCAGGCCAACUACACUCCUUUGACCAUUUAGGGACACCCUGCUUUCAGAUGCCAGAACCACAGUGUAACCAAAGCAACAUUGGAGAGGGGUAUGCACCAUACUCCCAAAGAGAAAGAGUCCUUUACAGGCAGAAGAGUGCUACUGCAGAGCGCUUUCGUAGACACAGUGUAAAUGGGACAGGAUCAGGACAGGAACCUGGCCCGGUAGAGAACAGUCACUUUCAUCCAUACAACCGCCAGUGCAGUGAAGGGGCUGUCCCUGAAGUUCAUGCCUUUAGUUGUCUCAGGGCGGCUGGAUUGGGUGGGAAACUGACUACAGCUGAUGGAUCAGAGGAACAAUCCUCAUGGACUCCGUUAAGCAACAGUGUGGAGACCACCAGUUUCAUGGGAACUCAACAGCCCUUUGAUGAGCCACAGACGAGCUCUGAGGAACCUCCCAGCUACACGUCAGUUACCUAUCAGACAUACAGUCCCAUCAGUCCUCUACAACAUCAGUUUUCUGGUGUGUGCUCUUCAAGAGGAAUAGACAGCAUCUCUAACUACUAUAACCACAACCUCUCUUCACAAACGUCUCAGGACAGUGCACUGCCAAUGUACCCUAAACCUGUAUACUCUUAUAGUAUUCUCAUUUUCCUGGCACUGAGGAAUAGCAAGACUGGCAGUCUGCCAGUAAGUGAGAUCUACAGCUUCAUGACAGAACAUUUCCCUUACUUUAAGACGGCACCUGAUGGCUGGAAGAACUCCGUUCGACACAACCUCUCAUUGAACAAAUGCUUUGAGAAAGUGGAGAAUAAGAAUGGAAACUCCUCUCGAAAGGGCUGCCUAUGGGCCCUGAACCCAGCAAAGGUAGAAAAGAUGCAGGAGGAACUACACAAGUGGAGACGUAAAGACCCCCUGACUGUACGAAGGAGCAUGGCCCGACCAGAGGAGUUGGAACGUCUGCUUGGGGAGAGACCGGAGAAGCUGAAACCUCUUGGUGCCCACUUUAGUUUAGCAAGCAGUCACUCAUACUCUCAGGCCUUAAGAGUUGGCAUGCAACCGUCCUACAAGCAGCCAUCUGUCAAUGAGAUCAGUGUCCUGCAUCAGAAGCCUCUCUACAGCUAUUUAUCCUCUCAAACUGUCCCACCACCUCCCCCAUACUUAUCCCCAGACCCUUUAGCUUUCUCAUACUACUCUCCCGUUACCCAGCUGCCCAGCAUUGGGCAUCCCCCCAGGAAUGGCAACUUGGGCUCCCCUUUACCAGCACACACCCCACCAAGCUACAGCACUGCCCUGCAGGCCACUCACAGUGCUUUAGGGUGCAUGCAGGAUCUUCUACUGGAGGGAGAAAUCAGUAAUGAUGUUGACGCAUUAAAUCCCAGCCUCACAGACCUACAAUUACAUGGACAUCUUUGGGAAGAACUAAGAAAUGACAGCCUCACUCCAGAUUCUCUGGUAGUCAUGGAUGCAUCCCUCUCCCCAACCCAGCUUAGUCCAACCCAAGCCAGGGACAGCAUUGGGGUCUAUGGCCAGUCUGCUGUGGAGGUGGGGUCAGUGGGGAUUGAAGGUGGGGUGCAAGGCAGCGUUUCUGAGCUGUACCUCAACGGGCUCUUCACAACUGCUUUUACCAGCACAGAUGGCAUGCCAGGUCUCCUCUCUUCCUCAGGAAACACUUCCAUCCCUCUGCUAUGAGGACGAAAUCACUAUGUGGUGUCCCAGCAAUCAGUCUUUUUCCAAUAAGUCCCCUUUUCCAUGCUAAAUGCAAAUAAUAAAAUACAGCUAACCACAUAAUUGUGUAUAGUUUGGAUAACAAAAUGUAUAGGCUUAUCAACCUUCAAAAGAAAACCAAGAACAACACAGACUAUAUUAAAUAAUGGUUCACUCGAGGAUAAACAUAGUUUACACCAACCAUAAUGUGUUUUAUGUGGUGAAUUACUGGCUUAAUAAAUAAUAAUAAUAAUACCAGCAAAACCAGUUGUGAACCACAGGAAUAAAGAAAGAGUUCAUAUUUUAGAAUUUUUGAAAAGUGUGACUUUUAAGGUGGUCCUUAUGUAAAAACAAAAAACAAAAA